AUGGAUAUACUCAAGAGGGGAAAUGAAUCGGACAAGUUUACGAAAAUAGAGACAGAAUCUACUACGAUACCAAAUGACUCGGAUAGAUCUGGUUCACUGAUCAGAAGAAUGAAGGAUUCCUUCAAGCAAAGUAACCUGCAUGUCAUUCCAGAAGACCUUGAAAACAGCGAACAGACAGAGCAGGAAAAAAUCCAAUGGAAACUAGCUUCUCAGCCCUAUCAAAAAGUCUUGAGCCAAAGGCACUUGACCAUGAUUGCCAUAGGUGGUACUUUGGGGACGGGACUGUUCAUUGGUUUAGGUUAUUCUUUGGCAUCUGGGCCAGCCGCUUUGCUAAUCGGUUUUUUGUUAGUUGGUACUUCAAUGUUCUGUGUCGUUCAGAGUGCCGCAGAGCUUUCCUGCCAAUUCCCGGUUUCUGGCUCAUAUGCCACACAUGUCAGUAGGUUCAUAGAUGAAUCGGUUGGCUUUACUGUGGCUACAAACUAUGCUUUGGCUUGGCUGAUUUCUUUUCCAAGCGAAUUAAUUGGUUGUGCACUUACUAUUUCAUACUGGAACCAAACGGUUAAUCCGGCUGUUUGGGUGGCCAUUUUUUAUGUUUUCAUUAUGGUACUGAACUUGUUUGGUGUGAGAGGCUUUGCCGAGACUGAGUUUGCUCUGUCAAUCAUUAAGGUUAUUGCUAUAUUUAUUUUCAUCAUUAUUGGUAUCGUCCUUAUUGCCGGAGGGGGGCCUAACUCUACUGGUUAUAUUGGCGCCAAAUACUGGCACGACCCAGGUGCCUUCGCAAAACCUGUCUUCAAGAAUUUGUGUAACACAUUCGUUUCUGCUGCUUUUUCCUUUGGUGGUAGUGAGUUAGUGCUGUUAACUAGUACAGAAUCUAAAAAUAUUUCAGCUAUAUCACGUGCUGCCAAAGGUACGUUCUGGAGAAUCGCGAUUUUUUACAUUACUACCGUUGUCAUUAUUGGAUGUCUCGUACCUUAUAACGACCCCAGACUGCUCAGUGGUUCGAACAGUGAGGAUGUAUCUGCCUCUCCCUUUGUUAUUGCUUUGAGUAAUACAGGAUCAAUGGGUGCAAAAGUUUCCAACUUUAUGAAUGUCGUUAUCCUUGUUGCGGUUGUGUCAGUUUGCAAUUCUUGCGUUUAUGCUUCUUCAAGACUAAUUCAAGCUUUAGGUGCAUCUGGCCAACUUCCUUCGGUAUGUUCCUACAUGGACAGAAAGGGUAGGCCUUUGGUUGGCAUUGGGAUUAGUGGUGCAUUUGGUCUUUUAGGUUUUCUUGUGGCCUCGAAAAAGGAGGACGAGGUCUUCACUUGGCUUUUCGCCCUUUGUUCCAUUUCAUCAUUCUUCACCUGGUUCUGUAUUUGUAUGUCACAAAUUAGAUUUAGGAUGGCUUUGAAAGCUCAAGGAAGAUCCAAUGACGAAAUAGCUUACAAAUCCAUACUGGGUGUUUAUGGUGGAAUUUUGGGGUGUGUGCUAAAUGCAUUGCUAAUUGCGGGUGAAAUAUACGUAUCGGCCGCCCCGGUCGGUAGCCCUAGCUCCGCUGAAGCCUUCUUUGAAUACUGUUUAAGUAUUCCAAUCAUGAUUGUUGUUUAUUUUGCACAUAGGUUUUAUCGAAGAGAUUGGAAACACUUCUACAUCAAGAGGAGUGAGAUCGAUCUGGAUACUGGGUGUUCCGUGGAGAAUCUAGAGCUUUUCAAAGCACAAAAAGAAGCUGAGGAACAACUCAUUGCUUCUAAGCCAUUCUAUUACAAAAUCUACAGAUUUUGGUGUUAG